CAAAAAAAAUUGACCGAGAGUCAAUGCUUCCUCCUUGCGGGAGAUCAAAAAAGUCCAGAGUGUGAGGAUUCAGCCCCACGAUUGACAGAAGAGAACUGUACAUAGACGGUAGAGAUAGGGUCGAGAUUGGGCGAUAAUCUCCAAAACCAGAUACUGCCAUAAGAUUCAUGUAUCAAUUGAAAUCUUUCUCGGGAGUUCCUCCGACCUAGUCAACUCCAAUUCAGAGAGGGAUGCAUUUGGUGGCCGAUUCAAACAUGGUGACCAGGAAUCGAGGGCUUGGUUUUUGGCAAUUUUUUGUGGGGAUGGUAGAGUGAAGUGGAGGAUAUGUUUGUGGGAUGAUAGAUGGGGAGAUGGUAAAUGCUGCGGCCAUGCACACUGUUGUUAACUCUGUUCAGGCGUUAGGCAGGGGUUUUGACGUGAAUUCGGACACGAGGUUGCUUUAUUGUAAGGGAAUCGCAGGGUCUAGAAUUGUUGAGGUCGAUGAGGAACAAACUAGGGAUCUCUUUUUGUAUGAUGAUUUUGUGUUGAGUAAUGUUUCAAAGGAUAUCAAGAACUCUCUUGAAUCGAUCGGCAGAAGGAGCUCUGGUAUUUGCAUAUUCAACGAGAUGGUGGAGUAUUUUAAUCAAAUCGCUAAUUUAUCAGGAGGUUUUCCUCUCGGUAGCUUCAAUUCUGCAUUUAGCUUCACUGGCUCAAAGCACAUUGACGCUGCGACAGUGAAGGCCCUUUCAGUGGACGGGUUUUAUAUUCCCCUUGCCAAGGUCGAGCUUAAAAGAUCUCUAGUAUUACGAGAAAAUGUUAAGCAGGCUGUUCCAACCAGUUGGGAUCCUCCAUCCUUGGCAACCUUUAUUGAAUAUUUUGGGACACACGUUAUCACCUCUGUAACUAUUGGUGGUAAGGAUGUGAUAUAUGUAAAACAGCACCAGUCAUCACCUUUGUCAACCAUGGAGAUGAAAAACUAUGUUCAGGAAAUCGGAAAUCGGAGGUUCUCUGACACAGGAAGACUUGCGAGUUCAGGUCAAAUGAAAUUCAAGGAUAAGGGUGCUGAUUCUGGCUUAUUCAACGGCCAAGAAAUAUACCCUCAGCCCACAAGUGCAUCAUUUCCUACUGGAAAAGAAGAUGUUACAGUCAUUUUCCGGAGGAGGGGAGGAGAUGAUCUUGAGCCGAAUCACACCCAGUGGGCAAGAACGGUCAGGUCCUCACCAGAUGUAAUUGAGAUGACUUUCAUCCCUGUCACAUCUCUCCUUGAUGGGUUACCUGGGAAGGAGCACCUGACUCGUGCUAUUAGCUUAUAUCUUGAACACAAACCUCAAAUUGAAGAACUGAGAUACUUUCUGGAGUUCCAGGUCCCUCGGGUAUGGGCUCCGGUACAGGACAAGAUUCCUGGUCACCAGAGGAAAGAACCUGUUUGCCCGUCCUUGCAAUUCAGCAUGAUGGGGCAAAAGCUCUAUGUCAGCCAAGAGCAGAUAUCAGUUGGACGUAAGCCUGUAACAGGGUUGCGAUUGUGUCUAGAAGGAAGCAGGCAGAAUCGAUUAAGCAUUCGUCUCCAGCACUUAUCAUCUCUUCCGAAUAUCCUUCGACCAUAUUGGGAUGCUCAUGUGGCAAUCGGUGCUCCUAAAUGGCAGGGUCCUGAAGAGCAAGAUAGCCGAUGGUUUGAGCCAGUGAAAUGGAAGAACUUUUCUCAUGUGAGCACUGCACCAAUCGAGAACCCUGAAACCUUUAUAGGAGACCUCUCUGGUGUUUUCAUAGUCACUGGAGUUCAGCUUGGAGUUUGGGACUUUGGAUCUAGAAAUGUCCUAUACAUGAAGCUUUUGUAUUCUAGACUACCUGGCUGCACAAUACGAAGAUCUUUGUGGGACCAUUCCGCAAAUGAAAAGACAAAAAAAGUAGUUGGUAGUGUAGCAACAGCCAACCGUGGUGACUCAAGUUCAGGUUCAAGAGAAAGUAACGCAGGCAACAAGUUUGCCAAGUUUGUUGAUAUGUCUGAGAUGAGCAAAGGACCACCAGAUCUACCAGGUCAUUGGUUAAUCACUGGUGGAAAGCUCGGUGUGCAAAAAGGCAAAAUUGUUUUAAGAGUGAAAUAUUCCUUGCUAAAUUAUUAGAUCCAGUGGUGUUUUGUUAGUUAAUGUGCAAUGCAGUGGUAGCUUUCAGUAGAGGUGGUGUUUUUUGAUGCAAAUGCCCUUAUGAUACCCCUGCAGUUUGAUGAACCGAGUUGGAGGGGAAUGGGUAUGUGGUUUUAUUCUGGAAUUACUUCAAUUUUGUUGGUAAACUAUUCUCUGAGAACUCUGUAGAAAGCUUUUAUUUUGUUCUCCAAGUGAUGAAGGCCUUUAGUGCUUCCCUCUCACAUAAGAUUGUUUAUAUAUAAAUACAAGUUAAUGUGAGAUAGAA